GCUGCCGUCUGUUCAGUAAAAUAUUGGUAGCGAAAAUUUUGUAAUGCAUCAUCGUUUUUGUUUGCUGCACAAAAUAUUGUAAUAUUUUCCGAAUAAUCAAUAUUGAAAACGGUUGAAAAAGUUCAUUUUAGUUCUACUGAAUUGAGGUACCAUUUGCGAAUAGCCACGGAAGGAAGCAUUAGUGCAAAAUGCCUCGUAUAAACUACACUAGAACGGAUCGGAUAGCGCAAAUGUCCAAGCAAGAGCAGCUUAUCGCUCAGAAACGGCAGCAAAUUUUGGAAAAACAGCGAACAUUGCAGAUGGCCAAACAGAUUGCAGCCGAAGCGACAAAAAAUAGCACCGGCGAAAAUGAGGAGGAGCCGGAAAAAGCGGGCGCACUCAAGAUACCCUUCAGCAAUGAUGGUUCAUUUUUGGAGAACUUCAAAAAACUUAGCGAAAAAUUAGCCAAAACUACCGAAGAGACAGCUAAACGUCCAGCGGAAGAAGAGGCGGAAUCGAACAUCGAGAAAAAAGCUAGAACCGAAGAACCAGUUCUUGUAGCUAUUCCUCCGCCACCGCCACCUCCUGCACCGCCAACUCCUCCGGUUUCGGUGGCCAUACCAAAUGCAUUGCCUAUGGAAAUCUCGUAUGCCACUUACUAUGCCAUGGCCCAGGCUCCAACAAUUAUGCCAUUACUCCAACCGACUCCGAUGCCUCCGCCCAUACCGGAAGUUUGCCUCAUAGAAACUGUCCAAGCAUUGCCGAUGAUGCCGGCCCCCAGUGCGGCUGAAGAGGCGGAAGUACAGGUACAGGCGCCACCUGAAAACGUACCGGAUGUUGGGGCCAACUGCAAAGUAUUUUCAGAGAAUGAUAUAUUACCAACAACAGUUGAAGAGUUAGUUGAAUUGGUUGCCGAUAUCGGUGAUGUUUAUGAAGAAAAAUUAAGUUCACGUAAAAAUGAGUUGCAUCCAUCGCUUUGGUUCUUAUUUGACAAACAGUCAGAGGCUUACAGAAACUAUCGACACAUGAUUGUCGCAAGGCUUUUUAAGACGGCCGGCAUCGAGCAUGCCCUACCAGCUGCCCAAUCUUUUAAAACUGAUAAAACAGAACCUUCCAUGGACGAUUCCAAAUAUGAUCCGGCAGAUGUACUCGACGACACUCAAGUUGAUGAGGAUCCUCAUGCAUUCGGGGUUCAUCCUCAGCGCGAAGAUGUUCCAAUCCAAAUGCAGCCUAAUUACUAUGGCGAUGAACGACACUUCUACGACGAUAAGUCCACGACGGAAACGGAUUCCGAUACUGAAUAUGUUCGUGAAGCUCGCAAGAGAAAUUUGAAAAACCUCAAGCACAAAACUAUGAAUGCAGGAAAUAUGCGUGAAGAUAGUACAAGUGAUUCCGAUGAUCAGUUCAAUGAAUCGUCUGACGGAAAGCAAGAGGUGAUGAGCGACAAAUCUUCUGGAAAUAGUGGAGGCAGGACCGCUCGUCAGAAACACCGUAAAAAGUCACGAUGGGGAGACCAAAUAGAAGGAGCUGAAGAACCCAGUAAUGCUAGUGAAUGCAAAGAUAGCAGUGCGAUCACAAUUUCCGAACUCUCCUCUAACGCUUAUAGUGGACAAAUCCAGCAGCAGAAUUCUAGAUCCAAUCCUGGAUUUUUGCAAUUUGUUUUCCAAAGUUUUGAUACCGUUGAAGUAAGUCCAGAAAGUUGGAAAAGAGCAGAGGAGCAUUUCAGAAUUCGUUUGCUUUACGAAGAUAUGUCCAGUAAGAUUCAGGCACAUGAGAGAUUUGCAAGCAAUAGAUUGAUGAGUGGGAACAACGAUUUGCGAGAAGACUUCGAAGAAGAUAAGCGACUUAAUGCGAAUAAAAUGGAGGCUGUGUUGUUGUGGAUUAAUGAAAUAACUAAGUUCUAUGAGCGUUCAGGUUCGCCUAGAUUGGAAGACUUUUUGCUACGAGAUGAGUUCGAAAACCUGAUGAACAAGUUCCAACGAACGAAUGAUUGCAUGCCAAGUUUUGAGGAAUACAAAAAAUUUAAACUUGAGCAAGCAAAAAUUGUUUCUACUAAUUCCAGAGGUGAGUACAGUUCAUCGGAUCCUGAUCUGAGAGGUAAAACUGUUUCUCGCCAUGAAGUCAAUCGACAAGCCGUUGUUCAAGAUGAUACUGAUAAGAACACGCGACGUCGUAAAAGUCGUUGGGGCGAUCAGGUUGGGUCUUCGACGACAACACAACAUUCACCAGCUGUUGCCAAUUCGAGCAGUGCAACUAUGCCCUCUGUUCCCCAAACGCCUGGUCCGUCUAAACCAAGCACUGCUCCCUCCAAAUUGACUAACGUACAGCGUACCGAUCCCGCUCUGUUGGCUUAUGUGCGACAGAAUUUUGGUAGCACCAAUCUUUCGGAAGAGGAUUGGAAAAAGGCAGAAGAUCACUACAAGAUUAAUCUGCUCUACCAAGAUAUGCUCAGGAAAAGGCAAGAAAUCGACAGAUUAGCUGCGAGUGGUAAAUUCAAAUACGAGUAUGAUUCUGAUGAAGAUACAAUCGGAGGUACAUGGGAGCAUAAGUUGCGUUCACAAGAAAUGGAAGCUACCCAACUAUGGGCAAAUGAGUUGACUAAAAAGUCAGAGGGGAAGCAUCAUAUUGGCGACUUUUUGCCCCCGGAAGAAUUACGUAAAUUCAUGGAAAAAUACGAAGCACAAAAGAAUAGUCGUCAACCUAAUCUGAGCGAUUAUAAAGAAUACAAGUUAAAGGAGGAUAACGUUGGAUUUCAAAUGUUGCAAAAGCUGGGAUGGAAGGACGGACAAGGCUUGGGUGCUGAUGGAAGCGGAAUAGUCGAGCCAAUUAACAAAGCAUCGCAACGUGAUAGUAAUCAAGGGUUAGGUACAAUUUCUGCCGAUAAUCCGGAAGUGGAUGAUAAUGAAUACGAUGCUUAUCGUAAACGCAUGAUGCUGGCAUACCGUUUUCGACCAAAUCCAUUGAACAAUCCCCGCAGAGCAUAUUAUUAAAUCAUACUUAUCACAUAUGAUGCAAGUGUAUUCAGUGGAUACUUCAACUAUAAAUAUUUGUUCAAUAUUGAUACAACUAAUCCUUGCUUAAUCGCCGAGUAGGAUGCUCAAUUAAAGUAUGUUUGAUUAUUUUUUGGCGCCUUUGCAUUUCCACUUUCUCCCAACUGUUGUUGGAAUGUCUUCAACUAUCAGUUUGAUGUUCUGAAUUCAAGUUGAAUGAACGGCACUGUAGAAAAUUAACUAAUUUAUAUCAAGCAUAAUAAAUGUUUCCAUUAAAGUCA